CCAUUAUUAGUUACCUCGUCGGGAUAUCACGUUGCCUUAGAACAUCUAGCUCUUGUCGGCCCAUGACACCGCAUUUCUCACACUAACAUCUUGUACACGCAUCCCGCUCUACCGGCUCUAUAUCCGGAAGCAUUCAUUCCCAAGACUUUGUUCGUGUCAUCUAAUAGGACGCCCUUAUGUGAUCGAAGCUGACAACGUGGAAUUGCAACAGCACAUGCUUGGCCAUCACUCAGGUUCUCUGGACACCGAGGCUGACCGACACUGGCGUUUACCCCGCUCGCUCUCCUUUUGUCCGCAAGAGACAGUAUCAAGGUCAUCAAGCUCGGUUUGAAUGCUGGAAUAAGACAUGGAAAUAACAGAUGUGACGCCUCGAUUAGAUCGCUUUCCCCAGAUAUCCCGGCGAUCGAGAAGGCUUGAAGUAUAUAAUUGUGGGGACGAACCGAGUUAGCCAGGGGGCAUGGGGAUAUCCGUCAACUCGUAGCCCUGAAAGGCUCGCUAAUGUUAUGAGGAGACUAUAUCCAUUUCCCCGAGGAUAUGCAGUAAGAGGAUAAAACAUGAGCCAAUUGCCGGUUACCGAAUGAGGGGUAUAAUUUUGGUCAGGACCCCGUUGUUCCGACCAAGGGCAUGUGCUCUGUCUGCGAUCAUCGCAACUUCCUUAGCAUACCUUUAGACAAUCAACCAGUCAAAUUAGAACCAUGAGCUCAAAUACUUCUUCAAGUACCGACAACGAGCCUGACGCCGUCCAGGUAUCCAAGACGCUCGAAGGGAUAACCACAAUCACCAUAAACCGCCCGCACCGCCGCAACGCCAUCGACGGCCCAACAGGCAAGAAGCUCACAGACGCAUUCCUAGCUUUCGAAAACGACCCCAGCCAAAGGGUUUGCAUAUUCUAUGGCGCAAGCGGCACAUUCUGCGCUGGCUUCGACCUGCACGAGGUCGCCAAAUUCGAAGAGCACAAGCCCGGAUACGCAGGUCCUCGAAUCGGGCAGACUGAGCGCGUCCAGGGUCGCAAUAUCGGGCCCAUUGGGCCCUCGCGGAUGCAAAUUCAGAAGCCGGUUAUCAGCGCUGUUUCCGGGUAUGCGGUUGCGGGGGGUCUUGAGCUGAGUUUGCUUGGUGAUAUUCGUGUUGCGGAGGAGGAUGCUGUCUUUGGCGUUUUCUGUCGGCGGUUUGGGGUACCUCUUGUCGAUGGGGGGACUGUUCGUCUCCAGGCUAUUGUUGGGCUUGGUCGCGCACUGGAUAUGAUCCUGACGGGCCGUGGAGUGGGCGCGCAGGAGGCUCUCGCUAUGGGUUUGGCGAACCGCGUAGUUCCCAAGGGCAAAGCACUCGAAGAGGCGACGAAGAUUGCACGGCAGCUUGUGACAUUCCCGCAGGGCUGUAUGAAUACGGAUCGUGCAUCGUGCUAUUAUGCUGCGUACAAUGCGGGCUCGUUUGAGGAUGCUCUGAGCUUCGAGUAUGACAACGGGAUCAAGGUAAUCGACUCCGAGAGUGUGAAGGGGGCAGCGAGGUUCAGUGCUGGCGCUGGACGGCAUGGGAAAUUCGACUUUGAGGGGAAUCUUUGAUAUAGUCCAGUGUGAACCUGUAUUUUCU